CCAAUCAGAUAGAGAGCCCCCUCGGCUUGGGCUGCCUGCAUGCUGGAGUUAAAAAGUGCUGCUGGCCGAGCGGGAGCCCCAGUGAGAGGCGGGGAGGCUGAGCGCUGAGCGGCGGCGGAGGGGCAGAAGGGGCCGGGGAGCCGCGCUGCUGCCGCCGACCCUCCCCGGGCGAGGCUCGGCCCCGUCGACCCUGCUUUGCCGAGAUCCUUUGAGACUGCAAAGACUAAAGAAGGAAGACGGCAUGAGAUUGGAUUCGGUGCAGUAAAGUAGGUUAGUUUGAAGACAAGAAAAAAGAUUAUUAUUUAGAACUUCUUGUGUUGCCGUGAUGAGAACUUACCAUUGCUUCUGGCUGCUGUUUUGGGCUGGUCAGCCCCACCAAAGUUUCUUAACUCCAUUAUCCAAAAGGACUAGUGGCUUUCCAGAAAAGGAAAAGGUUUUGGUAUUGUCUGGAAACAGCAGGCGAGACCUCCAUCGUUCCAAAAGGAGCUGGAUGUGGAAUCAGUUCUUUUUAUUGGAGGAAUACACAGGAACUGACUACCAAUAUGUUGGCAAGCUGCAUUCAGACCAGGAUAAAGGCGAUGGAUCACUUAAGUACAUCCUCUCUGGAGAUGGAGCAGGAGACCUCUUCAUUAUCAAUGAAAACACUGGUGACAUCCAGGCCACAAAGAGGCUCGACAGGGAGGAAAAGCCUGUAUACAUACUCCGUGCCCAGGCUAUAAACAGAAGGACUGGAAGGCCAGUGGAACCAGAAUCUGAGUUCAUCAUUAAGAUCCAUGAUAUCAAUGACAAUGAGCCAAUGUUUACAAAGGACGUUUACAAUGCCAGCAUUCCUGAAAUGUCAGAUGUUGGUACUUUUGUUGUGCAAGUCACCGCAACUGAUGCCGAUGAUCCUACGUAUGGGAACAGUGCUAAAGUUGUCUACAGCAUUCUCCAGGGACAGCCAUAUUUCUCCGUUGAAUCUGAGACAGGUAUUAUUAAAACUGCUUUGCUAAACAUGGACCGUGAAAACAGGGAGCAAUACCAAGUGGUCAUCCAGGCUAAGGACAUGGGAGGCCAGAUGGGUGGAUUAUCUGGAACCACCACUGUGAACAUCACAUUGACCGACGUAAAUGACAAUCCACCUCGCUUCCCCCAGAGCACAUACCAAUUCAGAGCUCCUGAGUCUACGCCACCUGACUCACCAGUUGGCAGGAUAAAAGCUAAUGAUGCUGACGUGGAUGAAAACGCAGAGAUUGAAUACAGCAUCACUGAGGGGGAUGGCUAUGACAUGUUUGGAAUUACCACAGACAAGGACACACAGGAAGGAAUUAUAACUGUCAAAAAGGCAUUGGAUUUUGAAAAUAAAAGCUUGUAUAUUCUGAAAGUGGAAGCUACCAAUACUCACGUGGACCCCCGAUUCCUCUACCUGGGGCCAUUCAAGGACUCAGCUACAGUCAGAAUUCAAGUGGAGGAUGUAGAUGAACCCCCUGUGUUCAGCAGACCAGCAUACAUAAUGGAAGUCAAAGAAGAUGUUCCAAUAAACAGUGUAAUAGGAACAGUAACUGCUCAGGAUCCAGAUGCUGCCAAGAACCCUGUCAAGUACUCUGUAGAUCGACACACUGAUAUGGACAGAGUAUUCAACAUCAAUUCAGGAAACGGUUCGAUAUUUACUUCAAAACUCCUUGACCGGGAAACACUGCUGUGGCACAACAUUACUGUAAUAGCAGCAGAGAUCAACAAUCCAAAACAAAGCAGCCGUGUCCCAGUGUUCAUUAAGGUUUUGGAUGUAAAUGACAAUGCUCCAGAGUUUGCCAUGUUUUAUGAGACUUUCGUCUGUGAAAAUGCAAAGGCAGAACAGCUGAUACAAACAUUAAGUGCUGUUGAUAAAGAUGACUCUUACAGUGGACAUCAGUUUUCAUUCUCCUUAGCUCCUGAGGCAGCCAGCAGCUCAAACUUUACACUACAGGACAACAGAGACAACACAGCAGGGAUUUUCACCCGAAAAACCAGAUAUAACCGUCAUGAAAUGAGUACCUACUUCUUGCCAGUGGUAAUAUCAGACAAUGACUACCCUAUCCAGAGCAGCACUGAAACAGUGACUAUUCGAGUAUGUGCUUGUGACCAUCGAGGAAAGAUGCUGUCCUGUAACGCAGAAGCCCUGAUUCAUCCUACUGGUCUUAGCACUGGGGCUCUUAUUGCCAUUCUUCUCUGUAUCAUCAUAUUACUCGUUACAGUGGUGCUGUUUGCAGCACUCAGACGGCAGCGGAAAAAAGAGCCUUUGAUUAUUUCCAAAGAAGACAUCAGAGACAACAUUGUCAGUUAUAAUGAUGAAGGUGGUGGAGAGGAAGACACCCAGGCAUUUGAUAUCGGCACGCUGAGGAAUCCCGAAGCCAUAGACGAUAAUAAAUUGCGCAGAGACAUUGUGCCGGAAACACUUUUUAUGCCACGGCGGACUGCAGCAGCGCGAGAUAACACGGAUGUCAGAGAUUUCAUUAACCAAAGGUUAAAGGAAAAUGAUACAGAUCCAACGGCACCCCCGUAUGACUCGUUAGCAACCUAUGCGUAUGAAGGUAAUGGUUCUGUGGCCGAGUCCCUCAGCUCCUUGGAGUCGGUGACUACGGACGGAGAUCAGGACUACGAUUACCUCAGUGACUGGGGGCCUCGGUUUAAAAAGCUGGCAGAUAUGUAUGGCACGAUGGACAGUGACAAAGACUCUUAAUACGUUGCCUUUUUUUUUUCUUUUCUUUUUUUUUCCCUUCCUCAUUUUCAGAAACAGCAUUGAGAUAUGUGAAGUGGCUAUUUCUUUCUAUUUCUUCACAGCUGUGUGAAAGGGUUCUCUGUUCUACCCGUUCAAAUUGUCUAAUGACUGCAGUCUGUGUGGAUCAGCCGUCAGAAAACUUUUUCUAGUAUCAUUUUAUGAGCUUCCAAGAGGCAAAAUUCUUAUAUUUUAGUGCAUCCAGUUUACCAAGCCAAUCUUACAGGCACGGCAGUAGUGGAGGGGAAAAAAAGGAUCAGAUGGGGAGCAAUAUUUUUACUUGUUCUGCUUAUAUUGUAAAUUGGAGUAUAUUACUGUUUAAGCUCACUUGCUCUUUUUACUUGUAUUCAGACUAUUCAGCUCAGACGACUGCUCUGUCGAUUGUGUAUUGCACAUCCCAAUGUACUGAGGUGCCCUAGUUUACCCUAUGUAUUAUAGUCAAAAGUAGUGGUGAUGGAAUGAAGGUUUAUUAUACGAGUAGAGUAAGCUGAGAAAAACCAUCAAACAUGCAUUUUACUCAUGAGGAGGGUAGAAAGGCCUAAUGGUCAUUUAAAUCUAAGUGUUUUUCUAGAACUCGCCAUUGCCCCCAAUGCACUGAUUCAUACUAACACACACAUAUAUAUAGUUCAUUGACUGCUAUGUAUAUAUUCUUCUGACCUAGCAUUGCUGGAGAGAUGUGUGUGCGUGCAUGUGUGUGCGGUCAGUAGCCCCAAUAUCUAAUUCUUAGAGGUUUCCCAGUUGUAACCCAGACUUGCCUUUUGAUAUGGGGAAAGUCAUCUAAUCCAGCUCCAGAUUAGAUCGUGACUUGGAGGAAGGAGCAGAUCAUAACUGUGCUGUGUACUUCUUUGGCCGGCCUCCACCUGCACAUCAGUUCAGCGAUGGCCCCUGCGCUGGGGAGGUGGGGGUCAGGCUUUUCAUACCCUUCUACCUUUUCUCAUGUGCAGGAGAGGAGCAGUAGCCCCACGGUGACUGCCACCCCUUCUGGCAAAAGGAGCAACUGCAAAGGAGGGAAGAGAGCUUUUUUCUGUCCUGACCUUCCCUGCCUGGAUGCCCAGGGUGGCUUCCUGACUGACUCUCUGCCCAGUUCUGCUAUCUGUAAAGUGGGAAAAUAAUGCCUACCUCAUCAGGAUGUUGCAAGAAUUAUAUAUAAGUCAUUUGGAAAAUGCUUUAGAGAUGGACAAUGCUGGCAUUCUGCCAGAGGAAGUAAUUUCUCAUGCAUUUGAGCGCUUAUUUUCUUUUUCUUUUUUUUUUUCUUAGAUUCAAACUCUGAAUACACAAGUAAGCAAGAAUCAAGUGUCAUUCCAGUGGCCUGAAAAGUAGGGUUUAUAACUAUAACUCAUUUUUUUUUAAAUAAACUACUCAGCCAGGGUUGUUAAAGGCUUCACCCAAAGUUAAAAUUUUAAUCACAACUCUGUGUGUGUGUGUUUAUCUGCUCUGCCAAGCUAAGUAAUUUUUGUCCAGGGGUGGGGUGGGGGAAGAUGCCAUAGUCUCAGGCCAAAACAAAUUUCUUUACAGCUUGUGCACCACUCAGUAUUUCUGUUGGUUUGUCAAAUGCAUGUAGUUGCUGCUUUUGAAAUGCAGCCAUCCAGGAGAGGCUAUCUGGAGAAAACCCUAAGGGGCUGCCAUGGGAGGUAUCCAAUUCCAGGAGCUAAAAGCCACCCUGCGUCCCAAAGUAGGGACACAGCCCAUGGCACUGUGUCAAGGAAAGAAGGAUAUUUUUUAUAAUUUUUUUUUAUAUACCUCAUACAUAACUAAUCUCAUUUAUUUCAUUUGAAACAAUAUUUAAUACCAAAAUUACAGGCAUAGAUCUAUUUUCCCCCUCCCCUGAAUCUUAAGUGAAUCAGUUUGAAAACUGAACAACAGCUCCAAUUUACUCUAAAAAUAAAGAGAAGGGGAAAAAGUUAAUAAACAGAAAAUUAAAAGGGAUUAAAAAUUAAUCCCUGGAAUUCAUUACUUCUAGAGAGUUAAAUAAAGAGAGCAGUAAGAUUCACGAAUAUUAGACUUUUACAAGCACGACGACAUAGUUUCAGGUUUUGUGAACUGGCUCAUAGUGAAGAGGACGAUCCAGGCGUGCUGCGGCUCUGGCUGGGACUGGGAAGGAGUCCUUCGCAGCGGGGAGCACUGCACAGGUACAGGUUUAGGGCAAUGCAUCUAAUGGCUUGCAGAUGCCCAGCAUGAUAGAUUAGAUGGGUUUUCAGAGUGGAGGAGCCCAAAGUUUCAAAGGGCCCUGAGCCCCCGGUGUCGCUGAGCUCUCACAGUGAUUCAGUCCAGCGGAGCGAGGUGCCCAGCUCCAUCGGGGCUGAGCCUGUCACGCCUGUCACGCCUGUCACAACGGCAAUGGCACAACUAGGCCCGUAUUACGUCCUCCUGAGGACUCCUCAAUAAUUUAAGAUGAUAAAAGCCUUUGAAAGCCUAGUCCUUCGUGGCUUCCUUGAAAUCAGAGUAUCCAGGAGGCAACCUGUCCAAAACCUGGCUCUGGCACACAGGAGGGACCAUCUGGAUUUCAGAUACAUGGAGGAGCAGCAGAUGUUCAGCACCACCUGCCACUGGUCCCUCAUUUUGGCUGCUCUCAUACCGUGGAUGGAGGCAGCGUACCUCUCAAGGGUCUCUUCCGAACAGCCCCCUAGCACACGUCCGUGUCUCACCCUUCACUGCCUGGGGUUGUCUCAAGCAAAUCGCCUCAAGCUCAAGAGUCCAGCUGGACGCCCAAAGCCGUCCCUUCCCCUCCUCAGGCCUCGAGGAAACAGAUGGGUGUGUGGAGGGGACGGCAGAGGUGGCUGUGAAACCGCACACCUCUUUGGCCCCGCUCCCAGGGGAGAGGGAGUCACCGUCGCUUGACUGAAGACAGACCUCGCGCCUUGAAGGGGCUGGGCCACCCUGCAGGUCAGCUUGCGUUAGUCACUCCUUGGGGUGGAAUAACAAGAUGGGAGGAUCACUGAUCUUGUAACUACACUCCCAUGUUUGUACAGUGAUUUUGUCUGAUUUAGUGAUUGUUAGUAGCAGUCCAAACUCAAGUUUCUUUUUUUCUUUUCUUUUUUUUUUUUCUUUUUGUUCUUUGAAUUGAAAGCUGGUUUUAUCUUGUCCAUUGAGUGAGACAGUAAAUAAUAGAGAGUGGCUACUCGUGCCUGUUGUGUAAAUAUAUUAUAUAUAAAAUUAUGUUAUGUCACCACAAAUAUGGUGCCUGAAUAGCAAAUGGAUUCUUCUAAGAAAAUUCAAGGCAAACUCGCAUCCAAAUUAUUAUUUAUGCAUCUAGGUUUUAAGGUCUGUUUUUUUCCUGCAAAUUAGACAGAUUUAGCAUCUCUCACACAGCAAGAAGAGUUCAAUUCUGUCUUUUCUUCUUGCUUGGCAGUACCACAAAGUGCAAUUUAUAAAAUCAGUACUGCAUAUUAAAUAUUGAAAGUGCCAUAUUGCAGUGAAUACAAAACUUUGCAGUAGUAUUUCUUUGUACCUUGUUGCAUGCCGGCGUGCUAGAUGAUAGAAAUAAGUAUUUAACAAUGCUUUCACACAGUGUUAGAAUUGCCAUUUAUAGAUAAACAAGUGAUAGACUAUGGGCUAUGAAGUGGGUUUGAAGGCUGUUUUAAGCCUGCUCUUCUUACAACCACACCUAUUUGAGAAGAAGAAAUAUUAUUUGGAAGUUUAUCUAAGCCAGAUAGAGACAUGAGCAAUGCAGUUGGCUUUUAAUUUGGGAAAACAUCUGAUCUAACUACAGGAGACCUAUUAAAAGAUACCAAGGACUUCAGUGGAGUUAUUAUGAUACAGAGGCAUGUUUACAUGGGAGAUGUUUCCAGCUUUGCUACUGCAGAACAACAACAUCUCUACACCUGAAAUGGAAUAAGGUUGCUAGUAUAGCUAUUCCAUCCCAGCUCCUAAAACAGCCACUUUAUUCCACAAAAAAGGAUUUUUUACUCCAGGGGAAUGAUUAUUUCAGGUUAAAAGCUAUUGUGUCCCACAGUAUGGGGAGACACAACAGCACAUGCCUCCAACUGCAGUUGUGCCAGGACAUCUCUCUGUGUAGACACGUGCUUGGAAGAGAGCUGAGGGAGAAACUUGCAGCAAGCUCUGAACAAAGGAAAUUGGGGGUUUCCACGAGGCUCUACUGACAGUACCACAGGACUGGGACGUGUUCCCAAAGCUGACAUUGACAGAUAAUGCUGUCUAACCAUGAGAAAAACAAGUUAUCUGUGUGUUUCAGUUAUUGUUUGUAAAAAAAUGCUGGGAAAAAUUCCGAGUAGAAGAGGAAAACUUCACCUGUACCGACAACACUUUUUUCUAAAUUUGUCCUAAGAAACAGGCAUAUUUUUCUGACUUUUUUUUUAUUUCAUUACUUGUUCAGGUCUUACUUCAUUCUAUGGACAGGUGUUUCCUAGCUGUUAAAAGUGAAUGGGAGAGGCAACCUUCAAAUCAUUUGGUUUGGGAAGUAGCAGGCUACAUUACCAGGCACAAUAUAUCCAUUUCUCUGCCACAAAACAAACAAAAACCCCCACAAAAAAAAAAAAAAAAAAAACAAAAAACAAAAACUAACUGAAAAUUUUUAGUACUGCAAAAAGCAGAACGGUCACAAAGAAGUACAGCAGGGAGAAAUGGCUUUGGGAAUGUGUGUCUGCACAUGUACGGUGUGAAUAAAAGGAAGGGAAUUAGUGAACACUGGGAGCUGGCCGUGUUUCAAAACCAGACUUACCCGUGUUGAGAAGGGGCAACAGUGCACAAUCACUUCUAAGGCUUCCAGGUUUCCUACAGCAGCCAGAGGAAGAUUUGCAUGGAUAGGAAGAAAGACAUCACCUUUCUCAGACCAAGCAAAUUAAAUCCAGGCCAUUUCCAUGCAAAUCCCUAGGUAAGAAAGUCCCUGUGUCAUGAUUAUUAUUAAAACGUGUUAAAUUCCUGCAGCGGAUCUAAUCUGAUGGCCUUCUGCAGGGUGAAUUACGGACAGUGAUUCCGAGCAGGUCACUCCCUGCGAACACCGCCGUGUUAGCUCUUCCUGACACCUUCUGUUUUAAAUCUCGCCAUGUUUCCUUUGGCUCUAAGUCGUAUUGAAGUGUUUCCGAAGACCACUGUCCCAACUGGAUGCUGCCAUGCCCUCCCCAUUUGUGUUUCAAUUAACACUGCAGUCUGAGCUCCCUUGUCAAAUGAGAGCUGAUAAAUUAACAGUCAUUAUGCUACUUCCAAUGAGUAUGAACUAUGUCGCAAGUUGUGAAAGACAGGGGGUUUUUCCAGCCCCUCUAGACCUGUGAAACAGCAGCCUCCUCCAAUAAAUGUCAAAGCCACAACACUUUUCAUUUUCAGUUUAGUCUUCAGAAAGACUUGUUUUCUAAGAGAUUAUUAAGAAAAGAUUAUUAAGAGAUAUUUAAGGAAAAAGAGGAACAAAAACAUAUUUAACGUCUACAGCCUCAUGCAUUGCUCCAGAAGGAGGGGAAAAAAAACCCAGCGGCCAAUGCAAUGUUUUAAUGCCAGUCUCUGCCUUCAGUGGUUUUAUUUAGGCACAGCUGAGACAAUCUUGACCCUGCCCAUCAUUUUGCCAUGUUACGCUUUUCAGCCCAGACCUGCAUUUGUCAUACACUAAACACUUUCCUGAAUAGUUAAUAAAACUCAGCAGUAGGUAUCCAAAAGCCAUCACUGGGGUUACAGGGAGUACAGGAGUCAGAGAACUGGGGGUUUCAGGAAGAAGAACAGAAAGCAAAUUGCAUUGAGGGGGUGGGGGGAAGGUCAUCAGUCACAUGCAAGGCAGGCCCAUGGCACUUAAAAGCCACAAAGCUGUCAUAUUAUGCAUAGAGUCACUGCAUUUCAAAGGAGCUUUUACAGAACCUGUUCUUUUUCUUUUUUUUUUUCCUGCAUGUGUCUUUUGCUGUCUUUUUUUUAAAAAAAAAAAAGAAGGAAAAAAAAAGGAGCUGCUAACUUCAAAUUUCUCCUUCCACAAAGUCAAUUUGACAAAUAUGGCGUAAAUCCAGCAUAUAGAGAAAUCCUUUCCACUCCCAUGGGCUUUUGACCUUUCCUAUGAGACUGCACUAUUUAUGUAAAUAUACCUGGAGACACUUUCUAUAAGCUUUUAGUUUUCUACGAACUAUUACUUUAGUGUUUAUUAAAGAAACAAAUGUAUAGAAUUAUUAAGCAUUCAGGUGAACACAACACAGAAUCAACACUGCAAACACAAAAUUGUUCGGGAUUUUGACACAUAAAAAACUCUUCAGAAUCACUGUACUGUUUUAAUUCUGUGAUUACUUUCAUUGCUUUGAAAAAUUAAACUUAAAAGAAAGGCCUUAUAAUAAAUGCUAUGUGCAUCUUAACUGUGUUACUGAGCGAAAUCAAUCUGGCAAACUCCUAUUGCGAUUUUUGAUUUUUAAACCCUUAAAAUAAAUGCGUUUCGGUAUUGAUUUUUUUUAAUUAAAAAUACUUCCAAGCAUAAAUCGAAACUGAUGCCGCCACCUGGGAAGAUUUACUUGCUGGCAUGCUCCAGCCACGCAGUCUCUUGCGACGUUGUCCCCCGUUGAGCCGAGGGACCCUCAGCAUCAGAUGGAUUUGGUCUCUGCUCAGCACAGAGGGACAUUUGCGGGCGAUAAGAUUUUUGUCACCCAAGAGAUUUAUACCCAGAAGCUUCCCUGUGUUGCAACGGGACCCACGCUGGAACAAUUAUCUCUUCUGCAGUGUGCAUGGGCAAUUUGUUAUGGUCAGAUGGCAAGUGUGCACUCUGUCCCUUAUAUUUCCUGUUCACUGUACUGGCUUCUCUUUUGGGGUUGGGGGGCAGGGGGAAAUGAAAUUUAAGGAUUUAAUGAGAAACCAAUUUGAACAACAAUUUCUCACAGACAGAGUGAAUUUGCCUUUUUGCAAAUUGAUUUUUGUAACAAGUUAUUUAUAUGAUACUACUUA